AUGGCGUGGCUGAGUGUGAUGUCUUUGCAGCCUCCCAGGGACGAGAGCCUGAACGGCCUUCUGCAGGGAUACAGAAUCUACUACCGAGAGCUGGAGGCAGAGGCAGGAGCAGACCCCGAGGCCAAGACGCUCAAGAGCCUCUCAGCCCUCCGCGCGGAGCUCACAGCCCAAAGCAACUUCCAGAUGGUGAACAGCAGCUCCACGCUGACCACGUACGAGUUAACACAUCUGAAGAAGUACCGGCGCUAUGAAGUGGUCAUGACCGCCUAUAACAUCAUUGGUGAGAGUCCAGCCAGCGGCCCGGUGGAAGUCUUUGUUGGUGAGGCCGCCCCAGCAAUGGCCCCGCAGAAUAUCCAGGUGACCCCAAUGACAGCCAGCCAGCUGGAGAUCACGUGGGAGCCACCACCCCCGGAGUCUCAGAACGGGAUCAUCCAGGGGUACAAGAUUUACUACUGGGAGGCAGACAACCAGAACGAAACAGAGAAAAUGAAGGUCCUCUUCCUCCCUGAGCCCAUGGUGAGACUGAAGAAUCUUACUAGCUACACCAAAUACCUGGUCACCAUCUCUGCCUUCAACGCUGCAGGUGACGGGCCCAAGAGUGACCCUCGCCAGGGAUGCACCCAUCAGGCUGCUCCCGGGGCCCCCAGCUUCUUGGCGUUCUCAGAAAUAACCUCCACCACGCUCAACGUGUCUUGGGGGGAGCCAGCAGCGGCCAACGGCGUCCUGCAGGGCUACCGCGUGGUGUACGAGCCCUUAGCACCCGUGCAAGGAGUGAGCAAGGUGGUGACCGUGGACGUGAGAGGAAACUGGCAGCGCUGGCUGAAAGUGAGAGACCUCACCAAGGGCGUCACCUACUUCUUCCGUGUCCAAGCCCGGACCAUCGCCUACGGGCCGGAGCUCCAGGCCAACGUGACGGCCGGGCCAGCCGAGGGGUCUCCAGGGUCUCCAAGAGAUGUCUUGGUCACCAAAUCUGCCUCUGAGCUGACCCUGCAGUGGACGGAGGGAAACGCAGGCAGCACACCGACCACAGGCUACGUCAUCGAGGCCAGGCCUUCAGGUGGGGCAGCGGGGCCUGGGGGACCGAGCACCGGUGUCUCGGCCAAUCUGGAGGUGGUGGUGCGGGGGUCUCAGGACCGGAGCCCCUUGGCCUCCUCCUCUCCCUGUGUUUCCCCAGUGGGUCCCACCAAGAGAGAAAAAUUGGACAUCUCGGCCCAUCGGGAAGGUGUGGGGGCCCUGCCGGCGGCCAAGUUCACCUCCAUCGACAGAGCCCAGCUGGACCGCUUAGGACCUGAAAAGGAGGUCCAGCUCCAUCCCCAACCUGCCCGGAAAGACUCGCUCACCUUUCCUUCUGUCAUCCUGAGCUACUGGCGUGAGGACUUUACUCAGGAAAUGCAGUUUGGGGGUGGGGAGGCCAUCGUAGCAAGUGGGACGCCUCCUGUGCGACAGCAGCACCUUGCGGUGUCAGCAGAAGUCUCGGGACAUUUGGCCACCGUAGAGAUUUCACACAUCUUCCCCAGAACCACGCACAGCGUGGUUUUCCAGGGGACACAGGGGUCCAGAAAAGACGAUGGCUCUUCCUUUCCAGUGUUCCUCGUGCACUUAGAUCCCUUCCGAGAAGGUGUCCUUAAGACGGGGUCCAUGCCUGGCCUGAGCGUUAAAGAAGUGACGGCGACGGCCUCCGCUGGCUCAGCCCUGCGGUCUGCCAGUCAGUCUGUUGGCUGCAGCUGGCCACGCCUGCGCCUGGCCCCAGGGAAGAGGGUCGGUCCACGCACGACAGCCCAGCCUGUGACUCGGGUCAUCCCCACGUCCUGCCCCCCAGCCCCGUCCCUGGUGCACGGGCGAUGGCCGCCUCUGGGGACUCAAGUGGAAACCCCGUUCUACGAGGAGUGGUGGUUCCUGCUGGUGAUGGCCCUGUCGCUCCUCAUCAUCACCCUGCUGGUGGCCUUCGCGCUGGUCCUGCGCAGACAGAGCAGGAAGUACAAGGACUGCAGCACAGGUAAGAGCACUUCCAACAUGGAAGAGUCUGCGACCCUGGACAACGGAGGCUUCGCUGCCUUGGAGCUCAACAACCGACACCUCAAUGUCAAGGGCGCUUUCUUGAAGAAGAACGGGACCAGGUCCCCGCCUCGGCCGAGCCCUGGAGGUCUGCACUACUCCGACGAGGAUCUUUGCAACAAUUACAACGGUGCCGUGCUGACCGAGAGCGUGAACCUCAAGGAGAAGUCAGUGGACGCUUCGGAAUCCGAGGCCUCGGACUCGGACUACGAGAACACCGUGCUCAAGCACUCAUUUGUCAACCACUACAUGAGCGACCCCACCUAUUACAACUCCUGGAAGCGACGUCCCCCCGCCGCGGCCCCGCGCAGGUACGAGACGGUGGCCGGGGCCGAGGGUGGCCCGCACCUGCACCCGGUCAUCACCACACAGAGCGCAGGCGGCGUCUACACCCCCGCUGGCGCCCGGGCCCCGCUCACCGGCUUCUCCUCCUUCGUGUGACACGCGUGACGUCGCCUCCGUGGGGUAGGACGGUCGUAUCCACUGGAGUCUUAUUUUUAAGACAAUCAACGCCAACAACUGAGCUGAAGGUUUUGUUUA